AUGAUCAGCCGAGCAUUUCUUCAGUUUUUGCUUGUUGGCUCGGCGACUAUUGCUGGCGCGCGCCGGUGCACUGAGCUUACGGUGCCAGUCAACGUGUCGAGCCGCAAUGGAAUAUUCGACCUUGAAGCACCUUCCAACAAGGUGGCAGUGACGGACUUUGUCUUAAACCUCGCCCGGCAAGGCCACAACUACAGUAAUGAAUUGCUGUUGGGUUACACCACCAUGAGCAGUACAUACUCCAUCGCCGCCACCUACUGCGAACCCGACGCCGGCCCUGGAAAAGCGCUGCAAAUCCUCACCCACGGCAUUGGUUUCGACCGGUCGUACUGGGACUUCCCCACCAACGACUACAACUACAGCUACGUCAAUGCCGCUCUCGCCGCCAACUACAGCACCUUCACCUAUGACCGGCUCGGGACAGGCCAGUCCUACGCCCCCUCCAAUAGCCCCAUGACCGACAUCCAGCCCUGGCCCGAGAUCUCGUCCCUCGGCGCCCUGACCUCGUUGAUCCGAUCCACCGCGCUCCCAGGGGUUUCAGCUACGUAUCCCAAGAUCUUCCACAUUGGCCAUAGCUUCGGCAGCCGCAUUACAUACAAUCUGGCUGCUACCUACAUUUCUGAAGCGGAACCCAUUUCAGACGGCAUCGUUCUGACGGGAUUCAGUCACGUCACUUUCCUUGAUCCCUAUAGGCUCGUUGGCCCGUACUUCCCUUUCGGCUGCAACUUCGUCCAGGCCAACACCUUUCCCCGUUUCUCCACCUAUCCCGAUGGCUACUUGGCCCUGGGCGCCUUGAGCGCGCUGCAGAUAGAUUUCUUUGCCCCGGGAAACUUCGACCCGGACAUAGUGGAGGCUGCUUUUGAGUCUACACAGCCUGUUGCAGUGGGGGAGCUGUUGACGUUGAAUAAUCCAGGCAAUGUGAACAGUACGUUUGAGGGCCCGGUGCUUGUUAUGACUGGUGAGCGUGAUAUUCCAGCCUGUGGUGGAAACUGCAUGAUGGCGGAGCCAUCAAUACCCGCCUUGUCCCAGCAAUUCUUCAAGAAUACGACAGACUUUGAGACCGUCAUCGUCCCCAAUGCAGCCCAUGGGCUUAACCUGGAAUACUCCCACUCGGAGGCUUACACCGCUAUUUUGGACUUCUUGGACAAGAGGCUCUAG